CACACAACGUGUACACCAGUUCACGAGGUCAAGUUCAGUCCAAAAUUAAAGCAGUCUCAUAAUGGCGUCGUCUGUCGAAAAACCCGCGCCGGCGAAGCUCAAGACGCGCUCCGAGUUCUCCGUGACGCUGGAGGUGGCGCCAUCCACUGAUUCCUGGUAUCGUUACGAGUACAAAGAAGCUGGCUCCACGUGGGAGCAGGGUGCGCAACACGUGGACGCAGCGAUUGGAGCUUCUGAGGUUGUUCUGGACGACCUCAAUCCAACCAGCACAUACGAGGUGCGAAUCUACGAGGUCUCGAAGGCUGCUGACGGUAAAGAGCAAGUAUCAGCGCCCAGUGAAGUCGCUGCGGUGGAUACAGAAGUGCCAGGCUGCGGACCAGACUCGAGCCAAGGCUGCUUGUGCACCAUCCAGUAAACUGAGCUGAGACUCAAACACCCAUAACACUAUUGCAGCACAAUUGUUCAUAUUCACACAGACUCCCUUAUCCAUACACAUCAGGCAGUCCUUUUCCCUCUUCA